AUGGAAAGAUUAACCUCAGCAAGCUUUCUUCCACAACUUCUGGCUUUUUUAAUAGUGAUUAGUACUCUCAGCAUUCGGAUAAGAAGCCUUGCAAGUCCAGUCAACCAAGUUUUCCAUUCAAAGGAUGAUUCAGAUAUCCAGAACCAGAUUGUGGCAUUUCUGCUACGGAAAAACAUCAUGCCAGCCCAAGAAGAUGUAGUAGAACUCGAGUUGGCCAGCAAAAUCACAGAGCUGCAAAAGCUUGCAGUCCUAAAAGAGGAGUUAAAUCUAGAAAAGAAGCUGGUGUCUAAUGCAAUAGAAAAAGAGAGAUCUAUGCCCAACAAAAGAGAUGAUGCCUGUUUCUGGAAAUACUGUGUGUGA